AGGCAGAUACGGGGGUCCACAGUCAGCGGCGGCGUGCAGAGAGCAGCAUGCAGGCUGGCCGUUGAGGCUGCAGUCGGAUUUGAACGCACAUGCACAGACGCACACACCCCUGAGGAGUGUGUGGGACGUGCACGGGCUGCCGUCCAUGGACACACACACACCGGCAGGGCAGCAGAGAGGACAUACAGCGUGAGGAGACAUGGAGAGCAGCAUGUUUUUUGGCAACACAUGUCAAAAUGGCCUCAUGCCCACCUUGAUGCGCCCCACCCUGCCGGCCGUCCAGACCUCGCUGGGCAUGAAGCAGUUCCUCCCGUUUCCGUUGGGUACGACCACAGCGGUGAGCCUCUUCCCGGGAUUCAACGCGAUGGACCCCGUGCAGAAAGCCGUCCUCCAUCACACCCUCGGCCUCCCUCCCGCCGUAAAGAGGAGGCACGUCUCCUGCAGCGUUUGCCGGCUGAGGUUCAACUCACAGAGCCAGGCCUUGGCCCACUACAAGGGGACCAAACAUGCCAAGAAGCUAAAAGCCCUGGACACACCGAAGAGUAAGCUCAAAGGCUCAGUGGUCACCAAGGAAACCGCCAACCAGGAGACCGCCAAGGGCAUCAACACCUCGCGGGUCCCUGACGGCACCGACAGGAAAGAUGCUAUUCCUGGAGCAGGGCCCCCAGCGCUCCCCCCCCUGCUCAGACCGCCUCUACCUUUGGCACCGUUGGCCCUCUUGGCCCCGGUGGCCCCCUCGGCAGCCCGCACGACGCCGACGCCGUCACCUGAGGCCCCGCCGACGGGACGGGCCGCCGUCCCGGAGACUACGCCAGCCGCCGGAGGGGACGCCGGCCUCAAAUCGCCCGCAGAACAGGAGCCGGAGCCGGAGGCGGAACCGGAGGCGGAGACGGACGCGACCGCCGAGACGGAGGAGGAGAAAGCGCGACGUCUUCUGUACUGCUCGCUGUGCAAAGUGGCGGUGAACUCCGCAUCGCAGCUGGAAGCUCACAACAGCGGUACCAAACACAAGACGAUGCUCGAGGCCCGGACCGGCGUGGGCUCCAUCAAGUCGUUCCCCCGGUCGGGCGUCAAGAGCAAACUGGCCGUGACCGUCAAGUCGACAACGGGCCUCCAGAACAAAACGUUUUUCUGUGAGACGUGUGACGUGCACGUCAACUCAGAGACGCAGCUGAAACAGCAUAUCAGCAGCCGGCGUCAUAAAGACCGAGCAGCAGGCAAACCAGCCAAGCCGAAGUACAGCCCCUACAGCAAAACGCAGAAAGGCCCGACCACGCAGCCGGUGAAGCUGUCCCUGGGCAAGGAUCCCCCGUGUCCGCCCCUCGCCACACAGAUGCUACCCGCUCACCUGGUGGCGGUGGCGGCCGCCCUCGGCAACGCAUUCACGCACCGCGCUAACCACGUCACCAACCACGGCCCGAGCCCCGCCCUCUUCCAGACGCGGGGCCUCCCCGCUGCACUGCUCCGCCCGGCCCCGGGGCCUGUCAGGACCUCCCACCCGCAGGUCCUAUUCGCCCCUUAUUGACCUUCUUUGACCCGCCGGUUCUGCUUCACCCGCCUCCCCCCCCGCCGCCCCGACCGGACCGAGGAGCCAGGCCUCCUUCUAUGCAUCCGGGAAAACACCUGGUGGAUUAUCACGCGUUUAAAGCUAAACUCGACAGCAAGCUUCUCAUGAUGGAUUUGAUUUCUCCUGUGCCAUCCUGCAGCCCACAGCCGGACCCCGGACCUACAUUGUACCGCAAUAAUAUACCACCGACCCCACGUGAACUAUGCAGUGUCAUUGCUUCAUGAUGCGAGGAACAGUUUGAGCUAAACGGCGGUGGGCACGUGCUUUUUGCAACGAUACAGCGGGACACUGAGACCAGCCGAGGAUCACUGUCGCUCGUUGUUUAAAGGCCGGUGUUGAUCUCAAGCGAGCAAAGCCUCUGUUCACGUAUGCACUUUAAGCCCCGCCUCUGUUGAUGUCUACAUUAGAUGGCUAGAUGUGCUAGAUUGUAUGUGAUGAUGUGUUAGUACGUGUCGUGAGGUGUGUUUUUGUAUCUGUUCAACGCAAAUGUGCGUGUGCGUGUGUGUGUGUGUGUGUGUGUGUGUGUGUGUGUGUGCGCGUGAGCUUCUCAUCCAUCGUACGCCAUCGUAGUCGACACCCGGCACACAUCGUCACCGGCCGCGUCUCGGGCCUGAGGGACCACAAAGGCUUGUGUAUAGUAACCGUCAAAUGUGUGUAAAAGGUGAAUAAUUUCAAAUAAAAAGAGUCCUAAUUUGUUAA